UAUAUCACAGCACACACACUGCUGCACAGCAUCACACACAGUGGUACCGCACACGCUCACAGCUUCACCUUCACCUCUGGACAAAAAAAAACCAACAUGGGGAAAAUUAACGGAUGCAUCAAGUGCCUCUUUGUCUUCUUCAACGUGCUGUUUGCAAUUCUGGGAUGUGGGCUGGUCUAUGGGGCGGUGAAGGCCAGCGUCGUCAGCGGUCAGCUGUCAGCCGUUGGGGGUCCGAGCCUCGGAUGGACUACUUGGGUGUUUGCCAUCGGAGUCCUCAGCAUCUCCUGCCUGGGAAUCUACGCAGGAAUCUCUGAGAAAGGCAUCGCCCUCAAAAUAUUUGCAGGCCUCAUGGGGGUCGGAAUGAUCAUCAUGCUGAUCUAUGGCAUCAUUAUCGUUGUCUUCAGAAACCAGAUUAAAUCUGCCUUCGACAGCAGUGCCGCUGAGGUGUCAAAGCCCAACAUGGAAGAAGAGAGUUUUAGGCAAAUGCUUGAAGGCUUUCAGCACAGUAGCCACUGCUGUGGAGUGACGAGCGCCACGGACUGGGGUGACGUCAUCCCUGAUUCCUGUGAAUGCAAUGGAUUUGGAUGCAAAUCCAAACCCAAGGGAGUCACUGGCCCAGAAAAAAUCUACAGCCAGACCUGUGGUGAUCAAAUCUUCUUUUUUUUCGACAUCAUCUUCAAGAUCGCCAUGGGCUUCUUCUUUGCAUUUGCUGUCAUUGCACUGCUGGGCCUGCUGAUCUCCAUCUUCAUGAUCCAUCAGAUCAAACGUCAAGAUGGCGGUGGAUCGUCCAUCGCCAUGAAGGGCUACUAAAAGAAACCCUCCACUCCCCACCCCUCACCUUUAACCUCUUCACUGUAACAUGAGGACUUUGGGAUCGAUACACAGGCUCUUCUUCUUUACUAUUUUGGCGUAAUUUCUGGCUUUUAAGGGAGCGACAGGCGAUGAAGGAGACUGAGGGACGGCGUGGCAUGCUGAUUUAAUUAGAGAGAAAAGGUCCUGCCUUUCAGACAUUUUUUUUACUUCCAGCUUUCUAUUGUAUAGAAUAUCAAAAGCAUUUAUUUUUUUGUGAAUCAUUAUAUCUCUUUUGUGUCAUUUGAUGGUAUGUAGUAUUAUAGACAUUUUGUAGGAAAGAAGGAAUAUAUACGCACAACCUUCACUGCAUUUGACUGCAGCUUUAUUAACCCGAGGAGGUCUUCAUAGUUAGGGUCUUUUUGUCUAUCCUAAGCCCCUGUCACACCAGAAACUAGCAAAGUGAAGUUCAUCUUUGCACAAUGAGUGGAGAUAAAAGCGACUAGUGUAGCUUGUUAGCUAAUCGGCAACAUGCUAGGCAGCCAGGAACAUGCUACGCUAGUGUGUAAGCACACUUUUUUCCAGCCAAAUGUCUGGCUCGCCAACUUUUAUAAAGCCAUAAUUUACUCAGUCAGCAAGCUAGCUAACUCCUCCACUAACUGGCCAGUAAGACUUUUGUACCAACAACUCCUGACUGAUCAUUGUCUGCAGACCAUUUCUCUUUUGUUGAGCAGUUUAUACUCAAGCAGCAGAAGCUAAUUGAAAGAUGGUGCAACCAUAGACUGAGCUCUUAAUGGAGACUACGUCCAUAUGAUACAAAGUGAGUCCGUUGGGGGAUGGGCGAGCUGAGGAGGACUGAAUUUAGUGGCGAGCCAGCUGUGAUAUAAAAAAAACGUGAAUUAUAUGGCCCUGGGAAUUUAUAUAUAGAGACCAAAACUGUUUUUGUACCAGGCUGUAAACGUUUUCUGUAAAGUUGGGCAUUUUAACAUAGGUGUCAAUGAGGAUUGAAGCUAGCCCCAAGUGGCCAGUCAAGAGAAUUGCAGUUUUUGGCAUUGGCUUCACUUUUCAGCUAAGAGAAUUGCUUAGGACCCCCCACCUUUUGGUUUGGUUUUUUUUUUUGGUCAACAGCACUAAUUUGCACUCGAAAAGUCACCAAAGUUGAACUUAUCUGCUUGGAUUUAAUGAAUUGAUUUUGCUUCGAAAGGUAGUUGGCUUAAAAGUCAGUUUUACCAGACCUUCGGCUUGAGUCUCUCUAUAUAUUUUUUUAUACUAUAUCAAGAAUCCAAGUAUGGGGGAACCGAUAGCAUAGCUUUACAUUUGUUGUUUGUUCCCUUUAAUCCAAUCAGAAUCUGCACUAACAAUGAAUGUAUACAUAAUUUCUGAAGGAAUUGCCAAAGACAAAUUACCAACCAAAUAGCCGAAACCUCCUCGGGUUAAAAUAAUCAAGUCAGAAAAACAUUUAAGCUGUCACCUGUCUGUGUGUUUGUAAAAAAACGACAAUGAACUUGCAUAUUUUCCAUGUGUAUGUGUUUAUCUAUGUAAAGUGCUUUAGCCAUGAGAAAACACAACACUCCAUUGGACUUCUGCUAUCAAGUUGAAGCCUUUUUUUCUCCACAUUGCUACAUGGCAAAAAAAUCAGUAAAUUGAAAAUUAUUAUUCUGUAGAGUGGGUAAAUUUGGGAAAAUGGAAAUCCCAGCAACACUUGCAGCACUGAGGACAAAAAUAAGAGUUUGUACUUUAUAGAAAAAGUAUCUGUUUGUACAAUUGUUCGCGUAGAAGCCAAUAAAAGAUGAAAUAACCGCUGCAGAGAUUAAUCCGAACAGUAGCUCAGGGUUUUCAGAUCAACAACCCACCAUGUUUUUUUAAAGGAAGACAAUUACUGUGACAGGAACUGCUUUAUUGUGAAAUCUGCACUCAUAUCAUUUAAAAAAUAAACUCCAGAGACUGAUUAUA